AUGUCCAAUGCUCCAUUGCAGAGGAUAAAACGGACGCCUGUUGAAAUAAAUGCACAGCUUAAUAGCUUGACUGCCUUGACUAUUGCCCCCGGGACAAUGUACAACGGGGAGAACUAUGCGCGGAAUCUCUCAAUGGCCUCAGAACCAUGGCAGAACUGUGGUAUAAAGCAUCCUCAUAUAGUACGUGUGUUCUCAAGGAAAUCCGUGUUAUCUAGUGUGAAGGACAAAACCAAGACACUGGUGACCGAUGAAUAUGAAAGUCGACAAGCUCUAUAG